AUGAGGGGGAGAGAGAGAGAGAGAGAAAGAGUUUGUGUGAAAGCGAGAGAAAGAGAGAGAGAAAGAGAGAGAGAGAGAGAGAGAGAACGAGAAGCGAAAAAAUUAUCACUUGUGACAUGCAGAUCCUGUUUGGCAUAUAAAGAAUCACGGGUUUUUUUAUCUUUCGUGAUCGUCAUUUUACAAGCUGUAUUAACUGAUUGAAUAUUUUGUAUAUUGAUGACGCUUUAACGGGUGGUGACAAGUACUCAGGGCUGUAACAAUUACCUGCGCAUCGUUUUAUUCUCUUUUAUUUAUUAUUAUUUUUUUCCUUUCUGUUUCUAUCCCCAUUUUUCUAUGUAGUUCCUUUUUAUUCCUCUCCCUUCCCUCCCUAACAUGUUUCGUUUCCCUAUCUCUGUCUAUCUGCUUGUCUUUCUCUCUUAUUCGUUACACUACUUAUUACUGGUUCGCGUUUGGCGGUAUCUUUUCAUUUCUCUCUAUCUCGGUCUUUCUCUGCUGCUCACACGCUUUAGGUGUGACGUAUACAUGUUUCAUGCUUUCAUCUCUUUUUCUCAUAUUUGCAAUGCAUCGCUUUAACGGUUUUUCGUGAUUUUUCGAUGAAAAUAUUAAUUUGUCCGCCGAUACUAUUGUCCAAGGAGAUCAUGGCUAAUCGAGGUACUGCUCAAAGGCCAAAUGGUUCAACACAGGGAAAAAUAUGUCAGUUCAAACUCGUGUUACUAGGAGAAUCUGCAGUUGGAAAAUCAAGUUUGGUUCUUAGGUUUGUUAAAGGACAGUUCCAUGAAUAUCAAGAAAGCACGAUAGGAGCUGCAUUUUUAACGCAAACUGUAUGUUUGGAUGACACGACUGUAAAGUUUGAGAUAUGGGACACAGCAGGUCAAGAACGUUAUCACAGUCUUGCACCAAUGUAUUAUCGAGGUGCUCAAGCAGCAAUUGUUGUGUAUGAUAUUACAAAUCAGGACACAUUUGUACGUGCACAAACGUGGGUAAAAGAACUGCAACGGCAAGCUAGUCCAAGUAUAGUUAUAGCACUAGCUGGUAAUAAAGCAGAUCUCACAAACAAAAGAGUCGUUGAAUAUGAUGAAGCUCAAGCAUAUGCUGAUGAAAAUGGUCUUUUAUUUAUGGAAACAUCAGCCAAAACAGCAAUGAAUGUUAAUGAUAUAUUUUUAGCAAUUGCUAAAAAGCUUCCGAAAAAUGAGCAGUCAGGAAGUGCAAGUACAAGUGGGCAAGGCCGUCGCCUCGUUGAAUCAGAAGGGCAAAAAGCAGCAACCGGCAAUUGCUGCAAGUGAUUAUCCAAACCUGUACGUGUUAUAUUUAAUAUCGAUAUCUAUAUGACUAUGAUAAUUGGCUAUUUUUAAACUAUUUCUACAACAAAGUAGAGUAAUUAUGCAAUAUUCAGUAAUUGAACAUUUUUCAAAACUGAAAUUACUAUUACAUGAUAUAUCUAUAAAUUUUUAUAAAGGAGAAACAGUUUACUAAAAGUUAGCCUGAAUUUAAUGUUAUUUUCACUAGGAAUAUCUAAUAGUUCAAUAUACGUAAAAUAUAUUUUAUUAUUAUUCUUAUUUCUAAAGUAUAUAUUCCUAAAUCUUCAUUUUUGUUUAUUCAGCAAAAAAUCAACCUUAGGUUGUAUAUUACAUUGUACAAAAGAUAAGAAAUCUUUGAAUAAUAUAUUUGCAUUUAACAUAGAACAGUAUAUGCUUAAAGGAUAUUGUAUUGUUUGAUGAAAUAAUUAUAUAAUCUAAAUGGUAUGUCUGUAUAAUAUCUACAUAAGAUGAUGAAAGUUAUAUAAAAGGAUAUUAAAAAUUUACGUUUAUCUAUAUUUUAAGUAUUAUGAUUGAUAAAAUUUCAUAGAAUAUUUUAUGUAAUAUUCAUAUUAUAUUAUUGUUUUUAAAUGACAAUCAUUCCAAUAGUUAAUUAAAUGUUUCUUUCCUAGAUAAAUUUAUUGAUAGAAAAGCUUUUUAUAGUUUCUGUUUUUUUUUUUAAUCGUGCAACCAAAUUCAAUACUGGUUGGAGAAUUAUUAUUUUCCUAAUUCUAUUAUAAUAAGAUAUAUAUGUUCAUAGUUCUGUGAUUUAAACUUCAAUACUAUUCUACAUUUUUAUAUCUUUCUGAUAGUGCCUUUUAUUCUUCUUCAGUGCAGUCGUCUUCGUAUUCUAUUUAUAACAAUACGUCAUUGUGAACUAACUUUUACAAAUCUGCCGUGUGGCGACAUUCGCUAUGCAUAAUGUGAAAGCGUCAAUCUUUCGCCAAAAUUGAUGUACUAUGUUAUAUAGAGUUUAUUUUAAUUUAAUAAAAGAAAACAAAGUACAUAGAAAAAGUUUAAAAGUUAGUUACGUUGAUUCAAAUUGUUGAUUUUCACUACAAAUAUUAUAUGAAUGAAGACAAAAAAUGUUAUACUUAAGACCAAACACACCAUUUUAUAUAUACAUACUGAAUGUGCAAUCUUGAGGUGUAUUUCUUUUGCCUUAUCAAACUAUUUUAUGUUAUAUAAAUUAUUUUUUGGUAAUUUAGUUUACAGUUUUUGUUAAUAGGUACUUUCAACAUUAGCAAUAUGACAUGAACAAUGCAGGCUGUAAAAUUAAUUUUUUCUGGUGUAUCACUUUUUGUGCCACUUACGAAUGAAUAUUUCUCUAUAUUUCGUAAUAUAUAGAUGUAUUUCCAAUUCAAAACUGUUGGUAAAUAAUAAUAUUUAUUCAAUGAA